AAAGCUCGUCUUCUGAUGGAAUAACUUGAUUGCCGAAGUUAUUGGCAAAUCGUGUUUAGAAAAUGCUUCUCGACCUUCUACCCCGCGUGUACAAAUAUUGACCUAAUAAAACAUCUUUGUCCCAUAGCUUAUUGUCGGUGACGUUUCAACAAACAACUUUAAGUUAAUUUUUUUUUUCCUGGAACCAUGAAGCGGUUCAUUCAUUUAGCAUUGAAAGGUACAUCAACUCACCUUAAGUUUUCAAGUUGUUUACAGUCAUUCCCUCAAUGGUGCCAUGUGAGAAACCGACGAAAAUUUGAAUGAUUUGAGGACAAGAUUGUGCGCGGGCGUAAACCGUUGCGCAUGCGUACCGAACGCAAAAUCAAUACUACUCUUUCCCCUAGUACUCCAAGAGUGUAGUUGGCGGGAUGGACUCUCUAAACUGUGUCGCUAACCGUUCGCGUUAUACUGUCUCCGCAAAAAGGCCUUAGUAUUUGUGUUUUGGAAUAAAAGAUGCAAAUGGAAUCAGAUCCGGAUUUGAGUUUUUCAGUUUGGGGAUCUUUUGGCAAAGCUCGAAAUCAAAUGUCACAAUUUUGUGAUCUUUGCAGUGACUUUAGCCGAUUCAUCGCCCCAGCUUAUCACCAUGAUCGAUGUGAACGGUCCGUGCAAAUGCGUUUGUAUUCAAUGCACAAGCGUGAAUUUGGUUUAGUUUUCUUGGCUUUUUUUGCCUGUUUCGGCAUGUGUGUUUUCGUUGGUCUGGCUGGUCCUCCUAUAACAUCCACCACCCACCAAAGUGUGUCCCAGAUCAGUGGUCACCCUAAUGGUAGUGAUAUGGCCACGGGACCUUAUUAUCUUGCCACUCCUAUGCUGACGUCUUACCAUCAACAGUUUUGGGUCGUUGCUCAAAUUGUAACUGAAAAUAAGGAUGAUGAAAGCUUCGAAAAGAAAUUUCACGUCAGCAUUGCAAUGGAUGGACUUAUGGAAAACGAACAAGUCAGCAAAAUAGUUCCUAGCGAUCACAUGCACAACCGGACACGAGAUUUACAAUGUGAACGACGAAACUGUAGCGAAAUCCUUAUUCUGCACAUGGGUUAUUUUGAUUACUCCCAUUAUGCCUUGACAAUACGUUUUUAUGGAUUGGAGAGCAUUCAUAAUCGAUACAUCAUUAGAGAUGUUAUAUUUUACUUUCGUAGCUACAACCCGGCAUUCACACGUUUAGAAAUUUGGUUUCGGUUCGUCUUCUUAUUAAGUACCUUCAUUGCUACAUGCUGGUUUUUUGUUUCCAUGAAGAAAUAUUCCGUUGUCAACUGGUCCCUCGAACAAAAAUGGAUGUCAGUUUUAAUGCCAUUGCUAAUCCUCUACAAUGAUCCUGUGUUCGCGAUGAGUUUUUUAAUAGACUCUUGGUUUCCUGGAGCCCUAGACGCAAUAUUCCAGAUAAGCUUCCUCAGUGCACUGCUCCUUUUUUGGCUGUGUGUUUACCACGGUCUCCGCCAAAAUGAUAGACGCUUUAUCACGUUUUACCUGCCAAAAGUUCUUCUGGUCGGUUCCAUCUGGCUUUCAAUGAUUGUAGUGGCUGUUUGGCAAGAAAUCGAAGAAGUUAACGACCCGACUUUCAGUUACAAAUUGGACACGGAUCAUUUUUACGGAUUUAAAAUGUUCCUCAUUAUAGCUUCUGCUGUUUAUUUAGCUUAUUUGGUUCUUCUAAUGAUCAAAGCGUACAGUGAACUUCGAUCGAUGCCAUUCUUUGAUAUGCGAUUAAAAUUUUUGACACUGCUGGUACUCUUCGUGCUGGGCAUUAGUAUCUCAGUGACUUUUUUCCGCUAUGGUAUCGGUGUUCUUCAGGAUAAUUUUAUAGCCCAACUCAGCACCAACUACCACAACUCUAGCGAAUUCCUGGCUCUCUAUGGUCUGCUUAACUUUUACAUCUACACCAUGGCCUACGUCUAUUCUCCGACAAGCAACGCAGUUUUAGAGCACAGUGUCAUGAAAGACAAUCCGGCCUUCUCUAUGGUAAACGAUAGUGACGAAGAUGUCGUCUAUGGCUCGGAUGAUGACGGAAGGAAGCCUCUCACAAUCAACCUCACUUCCAAAGAUGAUGACAGUGAUUAGAGCUUAGACCAUUGAUUCAAGCGGCAAGUUGUGUUUUUCGGAAACGGUUCAAAGUUAUGAAUUUCUAAAGUGUGUAACUGUAUUUGCAUCAGUCACACAGAUGUAUGAAUUAAUGAUUUUACCUUUUUUUAUUUUAUUUUGUUAUUACAGUGCACUGCAGUACGAUGCCAAAUGUACCGCACGUUCAAUUUAACUCUCUUGAGAACAUAGAAAAGUAACGAUCCUGACGGAUUGCUUUUCCCCUUUUAUAUUUGUAAUUUAAGGUGAUAUUUCAUUUCGAUGUCUUUAGUGUACUGUUUUUAACAACUUAAUUGGCUUUUGUGCGGUAUAGUAGUUGAGCCAAUGAAAGGAAAUUAACAAGUAAUCUACACCUUU